CGAGCGAAGCGCCGCUACUAUGCCAUGGCGGGAGGUCAAACAGUGGCGACCGUUCUCCAUCGACGCACUGGGCCUCGUCACCCUUCUAGGAGCCGACGAGGUUAACAAAGCGCUCGGAACACUGGAGCGGCGACGAUAUACGGAGUAUCUGCCAUUUCUCGCUGCAUACAUCGUGGCCGGCGAUCGAUUCGCGGAUGAGCAAGCUGGAUACUCGCUAUACAACAUCACCGAUGGCAUCACGACGACCGAAUUGAAGAGCUGGUUCACUCGAUGGCUGUCUGCGCAGAAGGUGCUGAAUGCCACGACUAUUUUCCGCUGGCAAGUCAGCGAGAAGCCUCGACAGAUUGGCGCUGUCGAUCUUGUCGCUCCUUUGUUAUCUUUCCUGGCUGUGGCUCCUUUGCUUAUCUUCACUGUUCUUAUGGGUGACUGGUUUGGCUUCGGUAAUGCGUGUGCCAUCGUAUGCUCCAUCAUGGUUCGGAGCUUCAUUCUCUGGCAGCGCCGACGUGCCCUGGACUCGGACGCCGCUCCGAAGAGUGUGCCCGUACCCACAAUGUCGCUGGACGAUGAGAAGCUCCCAAAUUUCCAAUCAGGGCCUCAUCUGCCGGAUACGACGUCGGACUCCUCCCUGGCAUCUGUCAAACAACUCCAUC